AUGGGUGGAGUAAUUUCUAAACAAAUGGCAACCAAGAAAUUUCCCGAAAAAGUAGCAACUAAUGUAAAAUCAAGUGCAUCAGAAACGCACGCCAAAAUAAAUAAUGACCCACAGAUAAUAAAGGAAACAAAAAGAACCGCUCCCUUGGCUAGCAUGACACGUGAUCAAGCUAUUGAAGAUGAUGGAAAAGAUCCGCAUUUACUACAGAAACUUUCUUCUAUUGGACAAGUAACGGUGCCAAAUACCAACAUACAAUAUAAGCAGUAUGACAAUAUGCGAUUAAUUCUAAACCACCGAAAAGCAAUCAAAGAACAAGAGGGAAGUGACGGUACACAAAUUGGCCGGAAUCGUCUAACGAUCCAAGAUAUUCGUCAGUUAUUCGAAAAUAGAAAAUCGGCCCCUCAAGAAUGGACGACAGAGAAAUUAGCCACACACUAUAAUUUAGAUCCGCCCACGGUACAAGUGUUGCUAAAACAUGUGAAUACGUAUACAGUAAUUGAUAAUGCCCGGGAGGAUCAAAGGGUUGAAGGUGUUUGGGUUGAUGAUCUGGCAAAAAUCAAGUUCCGGAAGGAAGAAAGUCAAAAUUAG